GGGAGCAGUGACUGACCUUGUUCCCAGUUUCCCCCUUUUGUGAGCGUGUGUGUGUGUGUGUGUGUGUGUGUGUGUGUGUGUGACUGACUUCCGGCAGAAAAGAAUACACGGUCUUUUCAAUGUGGAAGUUAAUAGCUCCUCUUACCCAGUAAAACCUGUAAGAUAAAAUAGAUGUGUUUUUUUUUAUCUUUAUACGUAUGCUGAACUGUUGAGAGGGAUCAACGAGCUAUGGCUUACCGUCUGUUUGAAGGCAAAAAGCAUGCUUCUUCCUACUGGAAGUACAGGAUCUCACCAUCAGAUGAUCUAAUACGACAGGUGCUUGACUUCCUGGAAAAACGGCAAUGUUGUAUAACGUGCUCGAUUUUGGGGCAGAAAGGACAUCCCUUCGAGCUGGCAGUAGAUGUUGGUUGCGGCUCAGGACAGGGAACAGUGCUGCUGGCCAAACACUUUGCCUCGGUGGUGGGGACAGACGUUAGUCCUGCCCAGGUGGAAGUGGCUUUGGAGCAUGCUAAAGAGCCAAACAUCACAUAUAGGCAGUGUGUGGCCGAGGAGCUGCCAUUUGCUGACAGCUCAGUGGACUUGGUGACAGCCAUGUCUGCCUUCCACUGGUUCGACCGACCACGUUUUCUCCAGGAGGCCCACAGGGUCCUGAAGCCCAACGGCUGCUUGGCUCUGCUCAACUACACCAUUAACAUGGAGCUCAGCUACCCGGACUGCUGCUCACAUACACUCAACCAAGUCUGCAAAGAGUUUUAUGCAGCCUUGCAGCCUUACCGCAGUCCCCACCUUGGUGCCAGCUCUAUGGAGUUGUACCGGGAGGCCUAUGAAUCCAUCCAUUACCCUGACAAGGACUGGCAAGAGUGUGUGUGGGUGAAAAGACCCAUGCCUCUGUCCAGCUACAUGGGGUUGAUGGAGUCUUUCUCGAGCUAUCAGGCUCUGCUGAGAGAGGACCCGCAGAAAGCCACCGCACUCUCCCAGGACAUCUGUCAAAGGUUGAUGUCCGUAAUGAGGGUGACCUCUGUGGAGACAGAGGUAACGGUGGCUGUGCAGUAUUUUUACCUUCUGGCCUGCAAACCCAAGGAAGCCUGACUACUGCCCCCCCCCCCCAGUCUUUUGUCAACUUUUCUGUGUGAAGGUUUUCUCUUGGCCAUUUAAAUACAGAAUGCUAGUGUGUAGUGUGCUAGUUGUUACUUAUAUAAGCUAUGUAUAUAUAUAUAUAUAUAUAUAUAUAUAUAUAUAUAUAUAUAUAUAUAUAUAUAUAUAUAUAUAUAUAUUGAACUCUCUGUUUUGCAUACAAAUGUCACAUAUUUAAAAGGAAUAGUUUGACGUUUUGGGAAAUACUCUUAUUUACUUUCUCAUGAGAGUGUAUUGAUCUUCUGAAAUCAUUUUUUAGCAAGGAAGCUUUCUGAGAAUUUCAAACUAUUGCUUUUAAGUUCAACUAAGGAAAGAGGUGAUCAGCUGUUUCUUUAACAAAAACAUGCACAAAUGUACUGUGCAUUUACUCUUCAGCUAUGCUGGGCGGCAGUCGCUCACUCCGUCAGGACUUGGCUUAGGAUCUCUCCAUUUAAUGCAUAUCUACAGUAUAGGGCCCUUCAGCAUUUGUGUGUAUUUCGGACAUGUGUGUGUAAUGUGUGUAAUAACAGAGUGAAAAAAAAAUGAA